GGCUCCUGCUCACUGUCCGAGCGGGGGUGGCUGGCGAUUUCUCCAAUAACAUUAAUGAUACACGACCAGACGACUGACAUUCUCCCUUUUACUUUCGCUGUCUUUUCAAAUAGCAACCUUAUUUUAAAUGCGUCGUUAUGUAAUGAUACUCUGGAUGUACUCUGAAGUCAUGAUAGGAGUGCAAGAAACAACGGGGAAUGAGCAAGCGGAGCUGAUCCAGCAACCACAGCGUUCUUGUUGUGGGGCGAUGGUGAGAGGAAUGUGAUUGACAUGGAAAAGGCAAGGAAUGGAUCUUCUCCACCGUUUUUGUCUAAUGAUGUGAAUAAAAACGGGACAAGCAGCACAUUUCACAUCCAUCCACAAUCUGAGGUUACCGCAGACACAGCAGCUCCUCUGUCUAAUGUCAACAGGAAAGACGCGGCUUUGAGGGACAGCCGGGAGUCGGGUACAACAGAGAAUAUUCGCAGUUACACAGUGAAUGUCGGAAGUAUGAAAAUGCUCGAUUUAGUUACUGAUGGCCCAUCCGGUGGCACUGUAAGCAAUUGUGUCAUUCCCAAUCCAUGUACCGACUCCGCUACAAAUAUGUUUACUAGGUCGAUAGUGGUAGCCUCAAAGCUAGAGAGCUCUGCUAUCAAUGCAGUAAAUCAAGAGGAAAUGGACGAAAAUGCUCUCCAGGGGCUUUCACUGGCUGAGAAGAACCAUGAUUUCUCUGCAAAAGGAUUAGAAACUUGUUAUCAACCACUAAACUACUUGACAGCAGCUGAACCUGUGGAGUCACACUCCUGUAAUAGACAGUUUGAACAGAGCUUCACAGCAGCCUUGCGAACUCGUCCUGAUGGGCUUUCAAAUGGGGUCACAGACUAUGUCAUACAGAGUUCCCUCAGCAGUGACACUGUUAUUGGCUCACAGAUUAACCGGAGCACGACCACUGACAAGGAGGCCAAAAUUGUAAAUGGCGGAUUAUUGACUGGACACAGCAGUGUAAUGUUACACACAGAGACAGUUGUAACAAUCAUUUCUGAUGGAACUGCCACCUGUCUUUCUAAUUCACAGUGUGAAAAACCUUCCUCAUCUACAGCUGCAGGGGAGGACAAGCAUACAUGCUACAUUGUCAGAGAGGAACCUGACGGAGCCGGCGCUCAGCCUAGAGCACGCGCUAAUGUGGCAGGAGAUUUGUCGGACGAUGCAACUCCCAAGCAGGGUUUACCAUUAAGGCCAGCAGCAGCUGAUGAACCGACCCCGGCUGGUCAAUUCGGAGAUGAUCUGUCCUCCAGUCCCCCUCCCCCGGCCGUCAGAACCAGGACUAUGACCGACAGUCGGAGCUACGACUCCUCCGCCGCUCUCGGCCCAGGUGAACAGGACGAGGAGGAGGAAUUAGUGGCCAAGGGCCACAGUGACCUCAGGUUCAUGGACGUGAGCCUGAGCUCCAGGAACACCUUUGAAUCCAGCAGGCGUCAGUCAGCCCCAGGACACAUACCAGAAGGCCUGAGCGUCCCCACGGUGGAAACCUCAGCACUGGCCCUGCAGUCUAAAAGACCCGGCAUCGCUGAGUACUUUGGCAGGAGUUUAUUUUCCAAGAAGCAGAGAGAGCCAAAAGGUCCCUCCCAGAAUGUCCCUGGGUGGAAGCUGUUCGGAAAAGUCCCUGCCAGGGAGAGCCCUCCCAAGGACCCCAGGACCAUACAACAGGAAAGUAUUCCAGGUGGUCUCACGUCCGUGUCCACACCAAAUCUCUUAAGCGCAGGGGAGUAUGAGGCCAGGGUGGGCAAGGCGGGGCCUGGGGCAACAUCCGCUGGUACUUCCCCCACACAGCCUCAACAGACCAGGAGGAAGAACCUGGAAUUUGAGCCACUGUCCACUACAGCUCUUAUCCUGGAGGACAGGCCUGCGAACCUUCCAGCCAAGUCUGUGGAGGAGGCACUGCGCCACCGCCAGGAGUAUGACGAGAUGGUGGCUGAGGCUAAGAAGAGAGAGUUGAAGGAGGCCCAGAGGAAGAGGAAAGAGAUGAAGGAGAGGUUUAAGCAGGAGGACAGCAUUGCCAACGCCAUGGUGGUCUGGAAUAACGACAUCCUGCCAAACUGGGAAAACACGCGGAACAGUCGUCGGGCCAGGGAGCUGUGGUGGCAGGGCUUGCCCCCUAAUGUUAGAGGAAAGGUCUGGAGCCUGGCUAUAGGCAAUGAGCUCAACAUCACCCCUGAGCUUUAUGAAAUCUUCCUCUCCAGAGCAAAGGAGAGAUGGAGGAGUUUCAGUGAGAUGGGCUCAGACACUGAGGCAGAUGAUGGGGCAUCGCUGGCAGACAGAGAGUCUAGUCUGGAACUCAUCAAGCUGGACAUAUCCCGCACAUUCCCUCCACUUUUUAUCUUCCAGAAGGGUGGGCCGUAUCACGACCUGCUCCACAGCGUCCUGGGAGCCUACACCUGCUACAGGCCCGACGUAGGAUAUGUCCAGGGAAUGUCCUUCAUAGCUGCAGUGUUAAUCCUCAAUCUGGAGGAAGCUGAUGCCUUCAUUGCGUUCGCUAACCUGCUCAACAAGCCCUGUCAGCUGGCCUUCUUCAGGGUGGACCACGAUUUGAUGCUGAAAUACUUUGCUGCGUUCGAGGUGUUCUUUGAAGAGAACCUCCCAAAACUGUAUAACCACUUCCAGAAGUCCAACCUGACCCCAGAUCUCUAUCUCAUAGACUGGAUUUUCACUCUGUACAGUAAAUCAUUGCCUUUGGACGUGGCGUGUCGCGUGUGGGAUGUCUUCUGCCGGGACGGGGAGGAGUUCCUGUUCCGGACAGGUCUAGGAAUCCUGCGUCUGUACGAGGACGUGCUUCUACAGAUGGAUUUCAUCCACAGUGCCCAGUUUCUAACACGCCUCCCCGAGGAUAUUGCCUCUGAUAGGCUGUUUGCCUGCAUUGCAGCCACACCCAUGCUCAAUGGAAACCGGAAGUGGUCCCAGGUGUUUAAUGCAUUGAUAAAGGACACAAAGGACCUGGACAAGAAUUGCAGCCCAGCGCUGAAGAGUUAAUCAUUCAUCUGUGAAACAAUUAAAACAAUCAUGUUCUUCUCUUUAAUUGAGAAGCUUUGUUUAUCUUAGAUUCACCAAGGUAACAGGAAAAAAUGUUAACCUCUGCCUCCUCAAUUUAAAAACAGACCACAGGCGUGCCUUUGGGAAUCCAUGGACUCAUCAAUAAUAAACUGCAAUAGUAUCCAGGGUAGGGGUGUGUUGACUGACCCACUCACUCCCUCAGUAUUUGUAUAUGUCCUUUUCACAAGAUUUUCCAUCCAGGAUGGAUGGAAGCUGUAGAGGUCAGUAAGAAGCAGCACUUCGGUAACCAAAUAUCUUAUUGUUCCGUUUAGUUUUUUUAAGCAUUAAAUUAUGUUGUAUGAUGAUGAUGAUGCAUUAAUCGGUUAUAGAGUUUGAAGAUAUUUUGUGUUCAGCUUUUAAAGAAUGACAUCAUACUCGAUGGAAUCCUCUGACAAAAUGUACAGUUUUAUUGUUUGAAGAAUAUGCAGUACAUGGUAGUUCGUCAUGGUAGUAUAUUAUUAAUAUAUGAUGACCUUUAAUGAUUUAAGUCGGUCUAGUCGGAGAAAGUGCACCUCCAAACAUUGGAUGCAUUUGUGACUUAAAGGGUCAAGACUACAACAUUGAACAGAGACAAAUUACUCCAAUUCCUUAAGGGGCCAUCUGUAGAAUGUAUCCUCCAUUUGGAAGCUAGGUGAACUGUGGAAACAACACUUAGGAUUCAAACCAGCUGCUCCCUUUUAGCGCACUCGCUAUACUCACUUUAACUUUUGGUGUAGCGGUUAACAAAAAAUGUAAAACUAAUAUUUAGGAAUAUAUAAAAAGAUAUGUAAGUAAAAACAACCAUUCAGAUGGUAGAAUGUCUCCCUACACUAUGCUGACAUUUGCAAAUGUUUAUUGGUGGGAUCAAGGACAGAUGAUCAAUGGAGUGGAGAGGGUGCAAUGUUUCCAACUGAAGGACCUUGUGUUGGCCAAUAGAAAGUCUGUUUUAGAAUGCACUUUUGUAUGCGCCUAAAUCAUUUCUGAUGACUACAUUUUGUGAAACACUAUCAUUCCCCUAUUACUGCAAAUAUAUAAUGGGUAUUUUCUGAUAUUCCAAUGGAACAAUUCUACAUAAAUCCCCUUUAAAGAUGCAUUCUGUGAUUUUAAGCCACUGGUUGUAAAAGUGGUGUCAUAAAGCCAAAAGGGUCCCCAAAAAUGGUGUAAUAUGUCUGUGCCGAUUUGCCCCCCCAUGUCUUCGAACGUGGAAUUUCAUGGCUAACUGAGGUAUGAAGAUGAUUGUAAUUCUAGAAUAUACAUAUGUAUUUAAAAAAAAAAGUCCCAGAUUGCAUUUUUAACUUUCAUCUGGCUUAACACAAAAUUAUUUCUGCUAUACUUAACUACCAGCUAUCAUUUCCAUUAUGAUGCGAAUUUCCAAAAGAAAUGUGUGGCACUUAAGGUUUUCACAUUCAGGGCUUGUUUCGUGUAUAAUUCACAGAUUACAAAGCACCAAUUGAUAAAAGAUGACUGAUAUUAACAACGUGUUCUUGAUUGUGAUGUUGUUCUUGAAAAUUCUUCAUUUGAAUUUGACCAAACCAUUAUGUUAAGAUGCAACAUAAUGUCUCAUCCAUGGUGUAGUUCAUGGUUCUACAGUAAGUACUACAGUUUUUUUUUUAAAUCUGAUUCUAUAUAUCGGAUGUUAAAAGGUUGUAUAUUGUUUCUUCUGCAUUUUUAUGCUCUCUUGUACAGUUUUCAUACUACUAAGAACAAUUGUAAAUAUGUUUGAAAUUAAUUGAAACGUACCUCUGUGAUAUUGUAUCAGACCAGAAGUUAUGCGAAAAAAAAUAAAAGAGCAGAAUUCCAGAAAAA